AUGAGCUACUACGGAGGCUACUACGGAGGCCUGGGCUGUGGCUAUGGCUCUGGUUAUGGCUGUGGAUGUGGCAGCUACCGUGGCUAUGGCUAUGGAGGCUGUGGAGGCUGUGGUUGUGGAGGCUAUGGCUACGGUGGCUAUGGCUAUGGAGGCCUAGGCUGUGGAGGCUAUGGCUACGGAGGCCUGGGCUGUGGAAGCUAUGGCUAUGGCUGCUGCCGCCCAUCUUGCUGUGGAGGGUAUUCUUCCUAUGGUUUCUACUGAAAAACCACCUGUUCUUGCAGUGUCAUGGAAUUAUUAUCCAACCCAGCUUGCAUCAACUCUACAUCUUUGUAAGGACAUCUCAUUCCAUCUGCCUCUACUCCUGCGUGACAUAGGAGAGAUUCCAGAAGAGAAUCUUGGAAUUCUUAAGAAAUACCCAGGGCAGUGACAUGCCAGGGAAUGAGAAAAAGCCAAAUCUAGCCUUCUGGGAAAAGAUGCAGAAUCUCAUCUGGAAUGAGGGUGAUUCUCCAAAUGACAGCUUAUUUCCAUCAAGUUUGCUCAGCUCUGAUAUACCAUGGCUGAGAGGUCUG